AUGUUUAUCCUCUCCAAGAUUGCAGACUUGGUACGAAUCCCGCCUGAUCAAUUCCAUCGCGAUACAAUCUCGGCAAUCACUCAUCAGCUAAAUAACAAGUUCACCAACAAGAUUAUUCCCAAUGUUGGUCUUUGUAUAACAAUUUAUGACCUAUUGGUAGUCGAGGAGGGCCAAUUGAAGCCUGGUGAUGGAUCCUCCUAUAUUAACGUUACGUUUCGAGCCGUCGUCUUCAAACCGUUUUUAGGUGAAAUAGUAACCGGAUGGAUCUCCAAGUGCACAGCAGAGGGUAUAAAGGUAUCAUUGUUAGGUAUAUUUGAUGAUAUAUUCAUUCCACAGAAUAUGUUAUUUGAAGGAUGCUAUUAUACGCCCGAGGAAGGUGCGUGGAUUUGGCCUAUGGAUGAAGAAACGAAACUAUAUUUUGAUGUGAAUGAAAAAAUCAGGUUUAGAAUCGAAAGAGAAGUUUUUGUUGAUGUAAAACCUAAAUCUCCGAAAGAACGCGAGUUAGAGGAAAAAGCUCAAUUGGAGAAAGAGAUUGAAGGUAAAAAUGAGGAAGCUCCACAAACAGAAAAACCUCCAGCAUAUGCCUUAUUAGGUAGUUGCCAAACAGAUGGCAUGGGGCUCGUUAGUUGGUGGGAAUGA